AUGCAUUCAGAGAAAUACGAGUUGGAAUUGGAAAAUGCAUCGACUGUGCCCUUACCCCUAACCGAGACUCGUCAGUAUCCACGGGCAAUCGGCAAGGAUGCAAAGUUGCAAUAUGAAACAUUGAAUGACUUUUCCAAACUCCGCAAAGAUUUCCCAGAGUGCUACAGGACCUGGUACGAAACCAAGGAUCCCGAUUGCGUCGGCUUUGUUCAGCUACCAAAAUACCUCAGUAUUUCCAAUCGAGAAAAGUUUAUCCAUUUGCAGCGCACGAUGCGAGAUUUGGAGAUUGCCAAGAUCGACACGAGGGGCCCCGGUUGUUUCACCCGUGAAGACAAUAUCGUCUACUAUUUAUCGGCAAUCUUGAAAUUGCCAAUAUCAGCAGUUCUUGACUCGUUGCAGCGACAGAGCCCAAGGUACUUGAUUGAAAGUGCAAUCAGGAGCAGAAUUUCCAAACCGGAUGCACUCCCCACCACCCACCCGUUUCGAUGUUAUCGAGAUUUUCCUCUGCAUCUCAUAGAUAGCAUGGCUGAGCUAGUCGGAAACGACGAAGGGUUGCUCAUCGUGGCGCUUUGCAUAAGCAUGGACCCGCGUCCGCGAGAUUCGUUGUACAACGUGAUCCUCGCCCACGAAUGUCCCGAACUGGUGAACCAUUGCCGAGCGUCGGCUCAGCAGACGGAAGAAGAUUUGUUUAAUAAGAUCAUGAGCGACUUGAAUGCUGAUAUCGAAAGAGUGAGCAUGAAGGAGAAGGACGGCGGAGGGUUCAAUACUGGGUCCAAGGGAGAAAAAAAGGACAAAGAAGAUGGAAUGGACUCACCGCUCAAGGGCGAAAACAUGGAGUCUUUAUCUGCCGGGGUUCUUAGCGGUGAUGACAAAGACGAUGAGUCUGCACCCGUUUCGAAUGACUUCACUGACGAGUUUAUCGCCAUGAGCGAACAACAGUAUAACCAAUUUGUCCUCGACGAGCAGGAUUUAGAUCCCGAGUUUAUCGAGAUGGUUGAAAAACUAACCGAUUUCUUCCCCACGUUUCCCAAGACGGAAUUGAAAGUGAGACUCAAAUUGUCGGAGAACUGGGAAGGGUUAAUCGAGGAGCUAUUUUUCGAAACGGAGCAGAAUGAAAUCAAAGAACAGGAGGAAAUGUUGUUGAAACAAGAAGAAGAUGAUGGUGACUCACGGCGGAGCUCGAAAUAUAGUGAUGACGUUUACAAUUUGCACGAGAUGUUGCCUCAUAUCAGCUUGCCCGUUAUAUCCAGGAAGCUCGAGGAGAACCACGGCGAUGCGCAAUUGGCCUCGUUGGCGUUGUUGAACCAACCAGCGCAAAGUCAGUUUGCUUCCGUGCGAGGGUCAAGUCGAAGCAACGUCAAUGAGUGGCAUCAGAUUUCCAGCAUGGUGACGCGAAUCAAGGAGUUUCUUCAUGUGAACAACGAGAGUGACCACCACUUGAACGACCCCGGGUGCAUUGGCAAAUGUUUUCUUGAAGAUGAUGACAUAAUCCACUAUGUUCGGAAAAGCGGGGGCAAUUACUACGAUGCGCUCCUGGGGAUCAUCAUGAACUGUCGUCCAAAGAUCCAAAAGGAAGUCGUUGUUCGGAAAAGGGUCGGAGGUAGGGUGCAACGAGGAGGAGGAGGCUCUCGCGGCAACAAUGCGCCCUCCGUAAGGGAAAUGAAGCAGGUGAAAGUGAGCUAUAGCUACAACCCUCACGCCAGCGAAAGUCUCGAGUUGUGGCAGAUUUACAAAAGUAAUCGCGUGAUGCACACGAUAGACAAGCUGCUCCUUAUUAACGCGUUGGAGUUUUUCAAUGGCGACUGCAACAAGGUGAUUGAGUUGGCGUUUCAGCUCUCGCAGGAGCCACGGGCCAGUUUCUCGGCGUCGUCUAUGAUCAAGCCUAAGCCGGUUAGAUUUGCACCAAAGCUAACGACUGAUCCUUAUCUCCAGCUAUCGCAGAAGUUGCGCGCCUACAGCGCCAAACAGAAAGCCAAGGCCCCAGCUUCAGCUUCAGCCUCAGCUUCAUCGGUGCAGAUAGAGAGACUAGACAAAUACAUCACCUCCGCCGAGCUCGAUCUCCACAAUUUCAAACUCGUCGACGCCUUACGUACGACCAAGCUAGUAUUGAGUCACUGGUGGGACGAAGAGAUGCGGUUGCGAAUAGAGCAAGGCCAGAUGCAGAAAUACGGCCAACUAGCGCGCUUUGUGGGGGAAAUUACAAUCAUCACGGGGCGCGGAUUGCAUUCCGUUGGCGGUGUCAGCAUGAUCCGCAAGUUUGUCAAGGAUUAUCUCGUGCGGCAGCAUUUCAUCUUUGAUGAAGGUCUCGGCAAGUUUGACGUUAAGGGCAAGAAAAAAACGGGGAGGAUGUAG